CACACACGAUACAACUCUUCAGUAUUUAACGCGAUCGCUCACACAUGUGGCGUAUCGCGCGGCAUUUCAAAUUGGCGGGAAAUAUUACGUUCGAUAUUUGAAUUCUAAAAUGACAUAAACAAGUUUUAUUUUUAAUUUCAUCUAGUAUUUGAGUGCAGUAUUAUUUUGAUUAUUAACUUUUUUUUUAAUUUUAAGUGAAAAUGCGUUCGUUUCUGUUUUUCGUUUUGGCCAGUUACGCCGUCAGAUGUGAUGAUAACUAUUACGUCAUAGAGAUGCCGGAGCAGUCAAGCAAACGGGUCGAGACGAGACGGCCUUUCAAAGUAUACUGGAACGUGCCCACUAUGCAGUGCAUCUCUAAGCAGGUUCCAUUCAACGACCUGGAUCGAUUUGGUAUAAUACAGAACACAGGUGACAGCUUUCGAGGAGAUAAGAUUGCUAUCCUCUACGACCCUGGUCUGUUCCCCGCCUUGCUGAAGAAUGAAACCAGUGGAAAAUACAAGUUCAGGAAUGGGGGGGUCCCGCAAGAAGGAAACCUGGAAAACCAUAUAAAGGCCUUUAAAGAUAUUUUGGAGACGAGCAUUCCUGAUGCGAGUUUUGAUGGAAUUGGUAUCAUCGACUUCGAAUCAUGGAGACCAGUUUUUCGUCAGAACUUCGGGGUGCUGGUGCCGUACAAAGACGUCUCCAUUGAAAUAGAGAACAAACUGCAUUGGUGGUGGCCCAAGAACUGGAUGCAGGCUGAGGCAAAACGUCGUUUCGAAGAAGCAGGCCGGGCGUUCAUGCAGACCACAAUCCAGGUAGCCAAGCAGAUGCGGCCGCGCGCCCAGUGGGGGUACUACGGGUUCCCCUACUGCUUCAACAUGGCGGCAGACAAAAUGCCGACGUGCUCUGAUGAUGUUAUGCGAGAGAAUAACGGACUCUACUGGCUGUGGUCUGAAAGCAGAGUUCUCUAUCCAUCAGUGUACAGUUCAGUCGAGCUGACGACCUCCGAACUGAGCUCUAUGAUAUGUGGCCGCGUGUCUGAAGCGAUCAGAGUUCGCAGACAAGGCUCUCCGGUGCUGCCUUACUUCUGGUUCAGAUAUAGAGAAGGAGGAUUUCUGUCUAAAGAGGACCUCACCACGGCUCUCAAAACAUUCUACUCAUCUGGCGCAGACGGCUUCAUUAUUUGGGGAAGUUCCAAAGACGUUAACACAGCUGAGAAAUGCACAGAAUUACUUAAUUAUAUGGUUAAUGUUAUGGGUCCAGCCAUCGCCAAAUAUACUAACGAUUCCAGAAAAGCUACUGAAGAAUUAUAUGACGAACUUAUUUUCAAUUAUACAAGGACAGGUGGAAAUUAUGAUACAAAGAAUAAAACUGGGUUUGUACCAGAUCCAGAUUAUGUUUGGGUCCCUCCACAGAAUUACUCGCAAAAUAUAGUACAGCAUGUUAAAGACCUUAUUAGAAGUAAUAGAUUUAAUGACACCGAUGAAAACGAAGCAACACCAGAAAGCAGUGUUUUAUUAAAUAUAUUUCAUCAUUUAAUUAUAAAUGAAGAUGAAGAUAGUAUAAAUAAAAACGAUAAGAGAGAGACGACAGAAAGUUAUUCAAUUUUCAGUGAAGAUUAUUAUAAUACAGUUAGCACAACAACAAAAUAUUGGAGCACAACCGAAGAUUUUUAUGUAAUAACAGCGGUGACUUCUACUGAUAGUACUACAACUGAUAUAAAUGAUUCUGAUACUGAUGAGUCUACAGAAUACCCUACAACUGAAUCAACAACGCAAACCGAAUCCUCUGAUUUCGAAACAUCAACAACAGGUUCAUAUACUACCGAAAGUUAUAAAGAAAUAAUUCUAGAUGUAAAUAUGACAGAGUUUCAAAAUAACCAAAAAUUAAGUAAAAAUGAAAAGAAAGGAAUGCCAUCAAAGGAUAAUCAAGAUAGUUCUGCAGAUGAUGUAGACGACUCAAAAAAUAAUAAGAAAGGAUUGCCAAAGAGAAAAUAUUUUGAAGAUAAUGAUGAUGACACCAUCAAUGUGCCUAUUGUCCAUCAGGUCUCCCGCUCAUCGGCAGAGCUCCCUCUGCUGUCUAUGCCGAUUCUUCUUGUGCUCUAUGGACUAAUGGACUGUCUUAAAUGUUUGGGGAUUUAGACCAUAACUCAUUUUCUUCUAAGCUUAUACUAUAGGGUACUUAACCAGCGACCAAAAUUUGAAAAAAAAAAUGAAGUUUUUCUCAUUAUUUUUGAUCACAAGUAGCGACGCCCUCAUCGGAACAUCAAGGUGUCUCCGUCAGUUGACUAUGUGAAGUCAUAUUUAUGAAAUAAGACGUCAUACAGUCAUAUUUGGAUCUUCAAGAAAGAGACAAAAAUAUUUUCAUAGUUUGAGUGUAUUUCUAAGAAUUAAAUGUUUACGUUUCUCUUUCGUGUAUUAACAAAACGAAAUAUAUGAUUGUGUCUACGGUUUAUACUCUGUCUAACUUAAGCUCUUCUUGAAAAAGUGUAAAAAAUAAGUUGUUUAUUUACAAAAAUGACAUUUUAGACACAAGUUUUUAUUGUUGUCAAAGAGAUCUUAGCAUUCAAUGUGUGACAAGACACCAUGUCCAUGCAGUAAACCGUUGAGGAGUUCCCACGUCUGGAAACAUUCCUAUAGGUGCGAUAAUCCGUAUCAUAAUUAUGCAUUAUGAAAACUAAUCGUGUGUACAAAAUUUCUGCUCAAUCGCUUGAAGAUAUCUGAUUCAAAAUUGAGUUGCAAGAUUCCACCCGAGACAUAUGGUACAUUGCAAGUUACAUAUGAGCUUGUAAAAGAUGCCUGUUUGCUAACUUAGGUAUGAGUUAUAGCCUUCAGCAUUUUAUAAUUUUAUAGAUAAGGCAUGUGUGUACUUGAUUGUUGUAUUUCUAUCUGUGAUAUCGUGUAAAUAUAGAAUAGUAUGUUAUUGUAAUUAUAAUGGUCGAUAUAAAUAUAUUUUAGUUUA